AUUCUGAGGUGUCAUUAGAUGUCAAAUGUCAUUUGUCUAAAUGUCUAAAUGCCAAAACAUUUGGUGCUGAUUUUGGAGUAGGAAGUGGUUAUAGGUUAUGUUUCGUCGACGAUAACUUUUUAAUUAAUUACAUGUUGCAUAAACUGAUUAAUAGUGCAUUGAUGGAGUUUAAGUGGAUAAUCAAUUAUGAAACCUCUCAUUGUUUAAUUAUCUUAAUUGCCUACAUAUUGUUGUGUUAAUAGUUAGUACUAUCUCAGGAGUAGCGUACAAGUCCAAAAAUACAAUGCCAUUGCCACGGAGACGGACUUUUGCCAAUAAACUAAAGUGAUAUAAGUAGUGAUAUAUAGUAAAAACACAAUUAUUUUAAAAAGUUAAAGCAAAAUUAUGAGAGAACAUCUUAUCCCAAAAAAUAGUGAAUUGAAGAGUGUAUUGGUGAGUGCAUAUUGAGUACAGACACCAGCAUGGGCGCUAGCGGAUCCCGACGCGAGACCCUGACGGUGGCGGCUCUGUGCGUGGCAUGGUACGCGCUCAGUUCGGCCAGCAACGUGGUGGGUAAAGUGGCGUUGACGGAGUUCCCGUACCCGCUGACCGUGGCGGCCGUGCAGCUGGCGGCGGUCGUGGCUUGCAGCGCGCCGGCGCUGGCGGCAUGCGGGGUGCGAGCGGCGCGCUUCCCGCCGGGCUACUACUGGCGCGUGCUGCUGCCACUCGCCGUCGCCAAGGUGCUCACUACACUUUGCUCGCAAAUCUCCAUAUGGAAAGUGCCCGUGUCGUAUGCACACACAGUGAAGGCAACAACGCCACUGUGGACGGCGGGUUUGGCGCGUGUGCUGUUCGGCGAGCGGCAACCAGGCGGCGUGCAGGUGGCGCUGGUGGUGAUAGCCGCCGGCGUGGGUGUGGCGUCCGCCACCGAGCUGCAAUUCGACGCGCUCGGGCUGGGCGCGGCGCUGGCGGCGGCGGCCCUGCUGGCGCUGCAGCACCUGUACUCCAAGCGCGCACUACACGACACGGGCGCGCACCACCUGCGCCUGCUGGCCGCCCUGGCGCAGCUCGCGCUGCUGCUGCUGGCGCCGCUGUGGCUGCUGCGGGACGCGCGUGCGCUGCUCGUGGCCGACGUGGAGUGGGACCGCGCCGUGCCGCUGUUGGCCGCCGACGGAAUGCUGGCGUGGCUGCAGGCGGUGGCGGCGUUCAGCGUGCUGUCGCGCGUGACGCCGCUCGCGUAUGCGGUAGCGUCGGCAGCGAAGCGCGCUGCGGUGGUGGCAGCGUCGCUGGUGGUGCUGCGCAACCCGGCGCCGCCGCUCAACCUGGCGGGUAUGGCGCUGGCGGCCUUGGGCGUACUGCUCUACAACCGCGCCAAGAUUGCGGCGCGUCAGCGAGCAUCCCGAUCCGUGCUGCCCGUCUGACCACCACUGUUUAUAAACUGUUGGUGUUGUAGCUAGGGCUGUAGAUCUGAUAUCUAAAAUAAACUUACUGUACUAUUUCCAUUGUUCCAUUACUACACAAAUCACAUUAUGUAUCAGUCGGUACAUAGUAGGUACAGAUAGGCUUAUGAGUAUAUAAGCCCUAUACGUACCCAGCAUGGAUGUCACCUACGCUAGCUACGCCACUGGAAUAGACAAUGUGCUUAGAUGAAUUUAUAAUAAUAAGGAAGCCACCCUUGUAUUAGAUAAAUUUGUAUAGAAUUAAUUAUAAUUUUUAAAGUAUCGCAACUGUUGUGAUUGCGAUCUGCGGCAGAGCCGAUGAAGUUAUAUUUUGAAAUUGUUUGAUACAAAAUAUAUACUAUUGUUUAUA